AUGAGCACGGAAUAUGAAUUGCAAGCCAAAUAUAGUGAUGCCGUCCAGAUUUACCUAGCCGCCAAACAGGCCGAGGCAGCUGCUAAGAAGGAAAAAGUUGAGAAAUGGACUGUAGAAAGAAAAACACAGGAUGGCACCAAAGAGUAUUAUCUCGCUUGGGCAGAAAUAAACAAGGCAGCGAUGACUUUUACUGAAAAGGUUGAACAAAGGUAUACUGCUGCGUAUACGAUACAUUCGUUGUAUGCAGAUUGUAUGAAAUACAUGCACGGAGCUGACUCCAAGGAAGCACAAAUAGCCCAGCAUCGCGCAGAGUUGGCUCACACAAGGGAGUUUGUUUACAGUGAUAGCUCUCCAUAUUGGAUAAAAUGGUACAAGUUGUGUAGCAAAGUUUGGUGGGUGUAUUAUGAGUUUAGGGCAGAAGGUUAUGACAAAGUGGCAGCUGAGCUCAUAGGGCAAGGGAAGCGUUUUGGGAUCAUAUAG